UGGCUAGAAGACUGCAAAAGAACAUUUGGUACUGAUGACGGGAUUCAUGGCACUAACACAGAUGCCCAGGAGCUGGAGUUGUGUCGGAGGCUAUACAAGUUGCAUUUCCAGUUGCUGCUUCUGUUCCAAGCCUAUUGCAAACUUAUCAGCCAAGUAAAAACAAUCAAAAAAGAAGCAGAGGUCAUAAACAUGUCUGAAGAACUUGCUCUUUUGGAGAGCUGUCUGAAAGAGGCUGAGGCUGCAUCCGACAGUGGUAUCGAAGAAAUUGAAAUUGCAGAGGCUUCCCAAGCUAGCACAGAAACGGCUAUUCACUCUCUCAUUGAAACCCUGAGAAACAGGGAGUUUGUGUCAGCUGUAGCACAGGUCAAAGCUUUCAGAUCUAUUUGGCCCCACGACAUCUUUGGCAGUUCUGAAGAUGACCCAGUUCAAACAUUGCUGCACAUAUAUUUCCGUCAUCAGACACUUGGUCAAACUGGUAGCUUUGCAGUAGUAGGCUCCAACCAAGAUAUGUCUGAGGCCAGCUCAAAGCUGAUGGAACUUAAUCUAGAAAUUCGAGAGUCUCUACGCAUGGUGCAAUCCUAUCAGCUUCUAGGGAAAAUCAAACCAGGAAUAAAUCUUGUGAGCACUGGAUUCUGAACAGCUGUCAUUUCGAAAAGAACUGAUGAUGAAGACGCUUUAGACUAUUACUGAGCACCUUUCAUAAAAAAAGAAAACCUCUGGCAAUCCUGACAACCAACACAGUUUCAUCACAGCAAGAAAUUGUUUCAUCAAAAGUAAAAAUCUGAAAAUUGAAGUGAACAUCUUUCUUGACUGCUCUUUCUACAUAGUAGCUGUGUGGCAGUAGUAUUUUUUUAUUAAAUAUAUGUAUAAAACUACACGAAAGGAAAAGGGCUUAAAUGUAAUGCAUACAUAUGCAUUAUUUUCUGUAGUAACAGAA